AACUCCCAAACUAGAGGAAGGAGACAGCUAGCUGACAACAUAAACACAAAUAUAUCGAAGCAGAAUCCUUAUUUCGGACGACUAACUUUUGUUUCUGACGCCGCUGCCUGUUGGAGAAUACGUGCACGAUGUGAUGCAUGUCAUGCGCGGCUCGGUUACAUUUGUGCGGACCUCGGAAUCGACACCCAGGCCUUGAAGUUGUCCUGCUCACGGAUGCCCAUGAUUCAGCUGGAGAAACCACUGCUGCCUGGGACCAUGCCUGUGGUAUGGCCCACCAUCCUGGACCUCGGCAGGGAUGAGUGCAAAAGAAUUCUCCGCAAACUGGAGCUGGAGGCUUACGCCGGGGUUAUCAGCGCCCUGCGAGCUCAAGGAGAUCUGACCAAGGACAAGAAGGACAUCCUGGGAGAGCUCACUAAAAUUCUCGGUAUCUCCACAGAGCGUCAUCGUGCAGAAGUCCGCAGGGCAGUCAACGAUGAACGCCUCACCACAAUUGCGUACCACAUGUCGGGUCCUAACAGUGCCUCAGAGUGGUCCAUUGAAGGGCGCCGGCUUGUCCCCUUGAUGCCAAGACUAGUUCCUCAGACAGCCUUUACUGUGACUGCCAAUGCGGUUGCCAAUGCCACAGCCAGUCAGAACGCCUCCCUCCUGCUGCCAGCUGAAACUGGAAACAAAGAAGUGGUUGUGUGUUACUCGUACACAAGCACUACAUGCACCUCAACCAGUGCCACAGCAACCAGCGGCACUAUAGGAGCCACAGUGAAAUCUCCAAGACCACCGAGCCCGGUCUCCAACGUCGUGGUGUUGCCCAGCGGGAGCACCGUCUACGUGAAAAGCGUGAGCUGUUCAGAUGAGGACGAGAAACCUCGAAAGCGAAGGCGGACCAACUCCUCCAGCUCAUCCCCCGUGGUGCUGAAGGAGGUCGCCAAGGUGACCCCGCCGGUGUCCAAGAACAUCACGGUGCCGGUGAGCGGCAGCCCCAAAAUGAGCAACAUCAUGCAGAGCAUCGCCAACUCCCUGCCCCCUCACCUGUCGCCGGUCAAGAUCACCUUCACCAAGCCCACCAUCCAGACCACCAGCACCACCACACAAAAGGUGAUCAUAGUGACGACUUCUCCGAGCUCCAACUUCGUGCCCAACAUCCUGUCCAAGUCUCACUCCCACAACAACGCGGCGGUGUCCAAGCUGGUCUCCACGUCCAUGCUGACAACAACCAGCCAGAAACAGACGGUGGUGUUUCCCACCAGCUCCAGCCCUUCUUCCAAUCCCAACACAGUCGCCGUGACCACGGUGGUGUCGUCCAGUCCCUCGGUGGUCAUGUCAACUGUGGCACAGUGUGCUUCCUCAGCUGGCGUGAAGGUGGCGUCCGCCAGGCUUCCCUCGCCCAAGACCCUGGUGGGAUCACCCACUCAGAUCCUGGCCCAGUUCCCCAAGCAGCAGUCGCCCAAACAGCUUCAGCAGGGCUCGCCUAUAGCAGCUUCCAGCGUCAGCCAGACCCAGACCUCCACCACGCCGCCCGGCUCCAAGCCCACCAUCCAAAUCAAACAGGAGUCAGGAGUGAAGAUAAUCACCCAGCAGGUUCAGCCCAGUAAGAUCCUGCCCAAGCCUUCCUCAGUGUCCUUGUCCAGCAGCAGCUCUUCCCCAAUCAUGGUUGUCAGCAGCAACGGAGCCAUCAUGACCACCAAGCUGGUCACUCAGCCAACAGGCACCCAGGCCACCUAUACGAGACCCACUGUCAGCCCCAACAUCGGUGCCAGAAUAUCAGCGUCCGCUGGCGGGGCCACGUACGUCAAAACCACCAGUGGCAGCAUCAUCACGGUGGUGCCCAAGUCUCUAGCCACGCUGGGUGGAAAGAUCAUCAGCAGCAACAUCGUGUCUGGCACAACAACUAAGAUCACCACCAUACCCAUGACCUCCAAGCCAAAUGUCAUUGUGGUUCAAAAAACCACAGGGAAAGGAGCGACCAUCCAAGGACUUCCUGGCAAGAACGUUGUCACCACGCUGUUAAAUGCUGGGGGUGAGAAGAGCCUUCAGGCCGUCCAGGGAGCCAAGCCCGCCAUCAUCACGGCCUCCAGACCCAUCACCAAGAUGAUCGUCACGCAGCCCAAAGGCCUGAGCUCCGGCUCGCAGUCCACCACCACAAAGAUCAUACCCACCAAGAUAGUCUACGGUCAGCAAGGCAAGACGCAGGUUCUCAUCAAGCCCAAGCCGGUCUUCCAGACAGCGGUGGUGAGCGAGCAGACCAGACAGCUCGUCACUGAGACUCUGCAGCAGGUGUCUCGCUCGUCAGACAUCGGGCAGAGCCAGAGCUCCGGCCAGGACGGGUCUGCGAAGGACGAGCCCAGUGGCUUCACAGAGACCAGCACCUUGCCCGGUGAGGCUUCCCACAGCACUGCGCAAGACCCUCAGCCUGUAGUGCACGUCGUGUCCUCCAGAGAGCAGGAGUGGGCUGAGCAGGAAGUCGCCGUGGAGUCCAACCCCACAAUUAUCUACCAGGAUGUGUCUGGAGGGGAAUCCCAGUCGGCCACUUCCACCAUCAAAGCCCUGCUGGAGCUGCAGCAGACAACAGUGAAGGAGAAGGGAGAGUUGAAACCCAGGCAGCACACCAUCGACCUGAGCCAGAUGGCGGUGCCCAUCCAGUUGGCUCAGGAGAAGAAGCCGAGUCCCGAGUCUCCAAGGCCGUCAACAUCAGAGGCAGAAUCCAGCGCUGAGUACAUCCCAGCAGGUAAAGUCGGCAGAGCGGGUCUAUCUGCCGAUGAUGACGAUGUGGUCAUGUCCUCCAGUCAGCAGCUGGGGAAGCCCUACAAAACCACCAGCCAGAUGACGACAGUUGCCAAGCCUGUUCCUACCUCUUCUGCCACCCCAGUGUCACACCUUACCCAGAUGCCCUCUGACAGCCACGGCAAAACCGAGACAGUCCUGGAAGCAGGGGAGCUGGAAGGGGACACCUUGGACCCCCAGACAGGCUUGUUUUACCGCUCAAGCCAAUCUGCGACGGAGCCCCUGAAGCAAACAACCACCCAUUCUUCCGGACAUCAGCCUCUGCCCUCAAACCAGGCGGAGGCUGAGCUGAGUCGGCACGGAUCCAGCUCCACCCAGCCGCCCCCGCCGCUGCCACAACUGCAGAGCAAACCUCAGAUCAGCCAGCCCUCCUCCUCCUCCUCCUCUGCCUUCUCCUCUACCCCUUCUUUGACUAAGAAACUGCCCAAACUACGAGAGCAGUGUCCGCCCAAACCACAGGCCUUAACCCAGAGUCCCAAAGACCGACCCCUAGCAGCACCAGGCCAGAGCGUGGCAAAGGUUGCUACGCCAGGUACCCCAACAAAACCCCUGCUGACGCCUCAGCUCCCUAAGCUGCAGCAAGCGCCCACAUCCCACCACAGGCCUAUCCACACACCGAUGUCCCAGCCGCCGCCACUCCAGGCUCACCACCCUGUCAGCACAGAAAAGGCUGCGUCCAGCCAGCAGCCGAUCAUCACGCAGAGCGCCACCGUCACCAAGAUCACCUUCGGCAGCAGCCACCACUCAUCGCCGGUCUUCAGCAGCGGCGAGGCCACCGCCAAGCUGCUGCCAGAGUCCAGCUCCGGCCCGCUGGGCGGCAAGUCCUCCGUGUCCGACAUCCUCAAGAUCUCCAUGAUGGAGGCGGAGAUCGACCCGAGCACCGAGCCCAUGGUGGUGGAUUCGUCCAGCGACUGCAGCCCCCUGGGUAAAGGUCUGGACGUCGGCGUUCAGGCUGUCUCGGGCACGUUGGACUCGGGACAGUUCAUCAGCAGCUCCGGGGCCUCCAUGCAUCACUCCCAUCCCAAACCCCAGUUCAGCCGCAUACAAGGCCUCGCAGCACAGAGGAACAAAGAACACCUGGAUGUGAUUGAGGUGAUUCCUCAGUACUCCAUCUUGCCGGACUCCAGCCAGUCCAACGUGGUGGUGGAGCCCAGCGGCUUCCUGGAGAUCACCAACUACACCAGCCAGCAGCUGGAGGAGGACAGCCCCAUGGAGCAGGAGGUGGACAGCAGCAACGACGAAGCCACGGCGGCCAGCCCUGCAGAGGACGCCGCCGACCAGCCCUAAUCACCCCCCUCAGACCUCCAGUGUAACACCCACUGGAUGAGAACCCAGUGGAACUGUGAUCCAACACGUGUUGGGUUUCCUCUUGACUUUUUUUUUUAUGUGCUACGUGACGAAUAAACAGACCUUUAUGAUUCCUCCGUGGCCUCAGACGCGCUGGACAAAGAAAUGCUGGCUGUCAUUCAGCAGAAGAAUAAAAAUACUUUUUCUUUUUUUGGAAAAUAAAGCAGACACUUUGUUCAAAAUAAUUCCUUUUUUUUUUUUAUUCCCCCUAACAAAUUUGGACAUGUGGUUUUUAUUGCCACUGAGGAGCGUUGGAUGUAAAAUAUGGGAGUGAGGUGAAAGGCUUUGUUUCGGCCCAGUCCCAGACAGUUGGAACGCAGCCUUUCAAAACACGCUUAAUUGUUCAAAUAUGUUGACAAUGUUGCUUGUAAGAGUUUACAAGACUGUUAUGCUUUCAUGGAACGGAUGAUUUGGAAAUCGGCUGAAUGCAGUGUCGACAUCGAAGCUGUGCAUUCCUGGCGUUGUGCCGCGCACUUGCACAUCUUUUCAACAAUACUCAAUCAGUUUUGACUCCUGCGUACGGUGUUUUGACCAGAAUGUUUCAAAUAAAUUUCCCCCCGAGUAAUUGUUUGGGUCAUACAUAUUUUUUGUAGAAAGUGUCUGUCUCGUUGCAGAUGGACUUCUUCUUUUGAUACUGUCAGAUGUGGUUCUUCUUCCGAGCUGCACCUGUGAAACAAGAAUAUCUGCUCACUUUGGAUAUUUACAAAUUUGUUCAGAAGUCUAGUUUUCAAAAGGGAAACAAAGAAGGAGCAAAUCCAGUUGCUGAGUGGAAUAUAAAGCUGAACCAGCAUAGGGUCCAGAAAUAAAGAUAAUGUGUUAUAGUUCAUUUAAACUGAUAUGAUGUAAAGAAAAAAUGUGUUCAGCAAUGUACUUUUUUGUAAGAUAUAUUCUUGACUUCAAAAUGUUGAUGUGAUAAUUUCACAGAGUAUUAAUUUGAUUGUGCAUAGUUUAUUCAAACAAUGCAUUUCCUCUUCUUUUUUUUUUACCUUUUCAAACUAGAGGACUAGUUGAGAGAAUGAAAUCAUUUAAUCUGCACAAUAAAACCAGCUAGUAGAACACUAAAAAUUGUACUUCUUUACUGGCCACUGUUUGAAGAAAUUGGAGCUUUUUCACGUAGAAAAAACUGAAACAUGAACAUGCCAGUAGCAGAUGAUGGGCAGAUGAUAGGCGUGUUUUUGUGGGUUUUUUGUCAGUUGGCUGGCAAACCACAUCGAUUCUCCCUCAACGUGUUUAACUGCAUUCAAGUCAUGUGGGAAUAACCGUCACAAUGAUUUGAUCGCUGAAGCCGAUCAAAGUGUUGUGAUCGGCUUUUUCACACAACACACAUGCACUUAGUAAUGAGACUGACCUUCAUGUUUUGCAGCCAAUCAGACACUGUCAAAUGUUUGAUCAUGUCAAACUAAAACUCAAGUGACAGAGAGAAAUUGAGCAAGGCCCUGUCUGUGAUAUUUUAUUUUAAUUUUUAAAUAUUGUGACCCUUCCUGUCUCUGAUUUCCAAUAUUUUCUGAUUUUGAAGUUUCUGACUCCGCCAGUGGCUUUUUCCAUCUGAGAUGGGGGCAAAGUGAAUGGGUUCUGACAGUGUCGGUGAUAUAAAAUAAACCUUAUUUUACUGUG